CACUAAGAGGCUUGCAAGCUUUGGAAAUAGAGUUGAAGACCAAAAAGUCAUACUUUAAUGUAGAAAAAAAGAGUGAAUUUUUUUGUAUGUAGAUUGGUAAUGACAUCAUCAUGGGUGUAAGCAAUGGAUUACAUCUGCUGGAACUGGAGACUGCUAAAGCCACUGCUAAAGGAAAAUUUUCACUUAGCGACCACAGACAGUUGGCCCAUUACUUAUCUCUGCUCUGCUUCCUGCUCACCAUCGUGACUCUGCUGCAGACUCUCUGCUUGGUUCAGAUCACGUUGACAUCUAAGUCCCAGUCGACUCUGCAGGAAAACAAACUGCGAGAGGUGACAGACAGGCUGGAGAAGCUCAAACAGUCCCACCGCCUCCUGUUCACCCAGUAUCCCGCUCUGAACCACUACUGUACCUCCACCAAUUCUUCCACUGGUGAGAGGGAGUGCAGACCCUGUCUGAAUGACUGGACGCUUCAAGGAGAGAAGUGUUUCUACUUCAGUGAGGACAGAGCCGACUGGAUCAGCAGUCAGUACCACUGCAUGUCACUGGGAGGCGCUGUGGCUACAAUAAAAACAGAGGAGGAGCAGGAGUUUCUGUUUAAAACGGCCCAGAGCCGGAGUCAGGGAGACUCCUAUUGGCUCGGCCUGAGGGGAAGCGGCGCGGAGGGGACAUGGCAGUGGAGUGACGGCGCCCCGUUGGAGAACGGACCUCAGUUUUGGGCUCAUCAGCCAGAUGUCACAGGAGAGAUCAAGGAGCUGUGUGGUCGACUCACACCAGGAGACAACUACAGGAGGAGCUGGGUCCCCUCCAGCUGCUCCGGUCAGCUGAGGAGGAUCUGUGAGAGAAGACCAGCUUCUCUACAGUGACCAGACACAACAGUUUUGUUUAUUUUUUUAAAUCCUUUUUCUGUUAAAUUUGGAUUGUCACACUUA